AUGGCAACUUUUGGAGGUCCGUCACAGCUGUCCAGUACGUGCACAGUGCCACUGGGCACUAAGGAAUCCGCCCGUCCCAACAUCGAUGCACCAUCACCGUCAAAUACGCCCAGCAUGGCGUCAAGCUUGCGAACCACCGAGUUGCCAUUCAGAUGCAUGACGGUACCUCACCUCAACGCCCCAACUUUGGCAGCCUCCAUGUAUCUGAACAUGAAGCUCCGCCGCGCUUUGUCUUCCCACGAGCCUUACCCCAAAGUAUUCAGGGGGGAUCCCGAAUUCCACUUGCAUUACUCUACCUUGGCAACGAAUACUCCCAUGCGGCCCCGAUCUCACAGCCAAGCUGGCCCAAAGACAGCUAUUGAAAAAAGUCAGACAAGAAGCGAAGAAAUAGUACCUCUAGCGAGGCCGGAAAGGAACAAGACAAGCACAAGUUGGGCUGUUGGGUCCCCACUGCCCGGCAUUGGUUCCAGAGCAACAUUCAUUCCUAUAGUCUCCUCCAAAGUCCCCUGA